AUGGAGAACGGAGGUCCGCCGCCGCUCUUUUCGUUCGGAGUGAUCGCGGACAUUCAGUUCGCGGAUAAAGACGACGGCUUCAACUUUCAUCGCACGAGGAAACGCUUCUAUCGGAACAGCCUGCAGAUCCUGAAGAACGCGAGCAGGUGCUGGGAGGAGGAAGAGGAGCCGGAGCGGAGGCCCGCCUUCAUCCUGCAGCUCGGAGACAUCAUCGACGGCUUUAACCGAGAACUCUCCGCGUCCGAGAGAGCGCUGCAGACCGUGCUGGACGAGUUCAGCAGCUGCUCCGCCAAAGUUCAUCAUGUGUGGGGAAACCACGAGUUCUACAACUUCAGCAGAGCAGCGCUGUUCCAGUCCGCCCUCAACAGCCGAGACAGAGGAGAGAGAGGAGCGGAAGAUGAAGGAGGAGAAGAAGAAGAAGAAGAAGGAGGAGGAGGAAGAGGAGAGGAGGAGGAGAAGGAGAACAGUCUGGAAGAAGUGUACGCUUAUCACUUCAGCCCCCAUCCCAAAUUCCGCUUCAUCGUGCUGGAUGCCUACGACCUGAGUAUUAUAGGCAGAGACAAGUCCAGCAAGAAGUUCAAGCAGUCCAUGAAGAUCAUCACAGAGUACAACCACAACGAGGAGCUCAACGAACCUCCAGCCAUUUCUCCACUGGAAUCGAGGUUUGUGAAGUACAAUGGAGGAUUUAGUCAAGACCAGCUAGACUGGUUGGAGAGAGUGUUGACGAGUGCAGAUGAAAAUGAGGAAAAGGUUACCAUAUUGAGUCACCUUCCUGUUCACCCCUAUUCUACUGACCCUGUUUGCCUUGCAUGGAAUUAUGACAAGAUACUUUCUAUGCUGCAGGCUCAUAAUAGUGUGGUGUGUUUCAUGGCUGGACAUGAUCAUGAUGGGGGAUACCACAUGGACACGUACGGGGUUCAUCACCUCACCCUGGAGGGGGUUAUAGAGACACCUCCCAUCAGUGAUGCUUUUGGGAUUGUCUAUGUGUAUGAAGACAGAAUGGUUCUCCAAGGCAGAGGAAGAAUAUCUGACAGGGUGUUGAUGUUUCGAUAAAGCACAUGUUGGCCUUUUUA